UCUGGAACUAAUUGGGGUGCCCCAAGCCUAGGUGCUCUGCUUUUCUGCUUUACUCUUUCGCAGCUUGUUGUGCUGAAGCAUUUUAUUUUUAAGAGAGCUACUACACUCUCCCUAUCUACAGGAAACAGAAUUAAAAAAAAAAAAAAGAAAAAAAAAAGGAAGAAUUUGGCAAGGAGCCAAGCGCGGUUACUGAAGUAAGAAGUAGGGAACUUGGAGUAAGUUUAGUUACCAGGACAUUGCAUGGCAGAGCGGGUCCACAGUGGAUUUUAAGGGGCUCGGAGACAAGCACGCGAUGCCCAUUUCACUGCGUAAAGAAGCUUUGCUUUCCUAGAUGAAUGUCCUGGCACUGUGACUACGAGCGAAGCUGUUGGUCUUGGGAGGGGAUAAAGCUGUGUGUAAAUGAGAAGAGAAGAGCGUACUGUAUUUGUUGCUGUGACUUUUACAAGCCUUCAAGGGGGAAAGCAAAUCCGUCGUUCUCUUUGGAACCAAAAAUUGAGCAAUUUGACUGAAAUAGUUAAUACACCAGAAGUUUAAAGGGGGUCCUUUGCAAACAUGUCUUUGCGUGGCACAUCAUUACAAGAAGUUCCAUGGAGUUGGACUAAAAUAAAGUUUUGGGAUGUCUCUAUUUGGAUUAAAAUUUGGAAGGAAGAAAUUGAAAGAGGAAGAGAGACAACUUCAAGCAAACAACAGGGAUUUUAAUCUGCAGUUUGAAUAUGCUAACAAUUCAAUUAAAACAUCAAAAUACAACUUCUUCACUUUCCUGCCUCUCAACCUGUUUGAACAGUUCCAGCGAAUAGCCAAUGCUUACUUUCUUUUCUUGCUGAUUUUGCAGUUGAUUCCUCAGAUUUCCUCGCUGGCCUGGUUUACAACGGUGGUGCCCCUAGUGCUGGUGCUGGCUGUAUCAGGAGUCAAGGAUGCCAUCGAUGAUUUUAAUCGACACAAAAGUGACAAACAUGUCAACAACCGCCCAGUCCAGGUCCUGAUCAAUGGCAUGUUAAAGGAUGAAAAAUGGAUGAACGUCCAAGUGGGGGAUAUAAUAAAACUAGAAAACAACAACUUUGUGACGGCCGAUCUACUGUUACUGUCGAGCAGCGAGCCGCACAGCCUGACGUACAUCGAGACAGCUGAACUGGAUGGUGAAACAAACCUGAAAGUGAAGCAGGCUUUGACAGUCACUGCAGAGCUUGGAGAAGAUCUUCAGAAACUGACAGAGUUCAAUGGUGAAGUCAAAUGUGAGGCACCAAAUAACAAACUAGAUAAAUUCACAGGAACUCUUACUCUUCGAGGAGAGAAGUAUGCCCUGGACAAUGAGAAGAUGUUGCUGAGAGGCUGUACUAUUAGGAACACAGAAUGGUGCUUUGGUCUCGUUAUUUAUGCCGGGCCAGACACCAAACUAAUGCAGAACAGUGGAAAAACAACUUUUAAACGGACAAGCAUUGAUCGGCUCAUGAAUGUCCUUGUGUUGGUGAUCUUUGCAUUUUUAGCACUGAUGUGUCUUAUCCUAGCCAUUGGCAAUGGCAUCUGGGAGUAUGAUAAGGGCUACUACUUCCAGGUCUAUCUGCCCUGGGCAGAAGGUGUCAACUCUGCCUCCUACUCCGGCUUCCUCAUGUUCUGGUCAUACGUGAUCAUUCUAAACACGGUGGUGCCAAUUUCGCUUUAUGUCAGUGUAGAGAUUAUACGCUUGGGUAACAGUUUCUACAUUGACUGGGACCGUAAAAUGUAUUAUCCGCUGAAUGACACGCCAGCUCAGGCCCGUACCACUACGCUCAAUGAAGAGCUGGGGCAGAUCAAGUACAUCUUCUCAGACAAAACAGGAACUCUCACUCAGAACAUCAUGUGUUUCAACAAGUGCUCCAUCAAUGGCAAAUCCUACGGUGAUGUGUAUGAUAUGUCUGGGCAAAGGAUAGAAAUAAAUGAGAACACAGAGAAGGUUGAUUUCUCAUACAACCAGUUAGCUGAUCCGAAGUUUGCCUUCUAUGACCAUAGCCUGGUUGAAGCUGUGAAGCUGCAUGAUGUCCCAACGCACAGGUUCUUCCGUCUGCUCUCACUUUGUCACACAGUGAUGCCAGAAGAGAAGAAGGAAGGUAACUUGGUGUAUCAGGCCCAAUCUCCUGAUGAGGGAGCCCUUGUCACUGCUGCCAGAAACUUUGGAUUUGUGUUCCGGGCUCGCACACCGGAGACCAUCACCGUUGUGGAAAUGGGAGAAACAAAAAUCUACAAACUCCUGGCUAUUCUUGAUUUCAACAAUGUUCGCAAGCGAAUGUCUGUUAUUGUGCGGAGUCCAGAAGGUGACUUGACUUUGUACUGCAAGGGGGCUGACACCAUUCUUUAUGAACUGCUUCAUUCAUCCUGUGACUCUCUGAAGGAGGAGACCACAGAACACCUGAAUGAGUUUGCUGGUGAAGGUCUGAGGACACUCGUGGUGGCCUAUAAAAACUUGGAUGAAGACUACUUUCAGGACUGGAUCAGGCGUCACCAUGAAGCAAGCACUGCCUUGGAAGGACGGGAAGAUAGAUUGUCGGAGUUAUAUGAAGAAAUUGAAAAAGACCUAAUGCUGCUAGGUGCUACAGCGAUUGAGGACAAGUUACAAGAUGGAGUCCCACAGACAAUUGAGACUCUUGCCAAAGCCAACAUUAAGAUAUGGGUUCUCACUGGAGACAAGCAAGAGACGGCAAUGAAUAUUGGUUACUCCUGCAACUUGCUGAAUGAUGACAUGGAAGAUGUUUUCAUUAUUGAAGGCAGCACACCCGAUGACGUACUUAAUGAACUGAGGAAUGCAAGGAAAAAGAUGAAGCCAGACUCCUUUCUGGACAGUGAUGAAAUCAACAUUCAGUUUGAAAAAUCUUCAAAAAAACCAAAACUUAUACCUGAUGAGCAAGCAAAUGGGGUGUAUGGUCUGGUUAUCACUGGCCACAGCCUGGCUUACGCGCUGGAAGGGAAUCUGGAGCUGGAGCUGGUGAGAACCGCCUGCAUGUGCAAAGUGGUGAUCUGCUGCCGGGUGACUCCGCUGCAGAAGGCCCAGGUGGUGGAGCUGGUGAAGAAGUACAAGAAGGCUGUGACGCUGGCGAUCGGAGACGGCGCCAACGACGUCAGCAUGAUCAAGACUGCCCACAUCGGGGUUGGUAUCAGCGGCCAGGAGGGGAUGCAGGCAGUCUUGUCCAGUGACUUCUCCUUUGCACAGUUCCGUUACCUGCAGCGCCUGCUCUUGGUCCAUGGCCGGUGGUCCUACAUCCGCAUGUGCAAGUUCCUCAAAUACUUCUUCUAUAAGAAUUUUGCCUUCACGUUAGUGCAUUUCUGGUAUGGCUUCUUCUCUGGCUUCUCAGCACAGACUGUCUAUGAUGAGUGGUUCAUUACGCUUUACAAUUUGGUAUAUACCUCCCUCCCAGUGCUUGGAAUGAGCCUCUUCGAUCAGGAUGUGGAUGAUCGUUGGAGCAUGCUAUUUCCUCAGCUAUAUGUGCCUGGCCAGCAGAACCUGUAUUUUAACAAAAUAGUGUUUGUCAAGUGCAUGAUGCAAGGGAUCUACAGUUCCCUCAUUCUCUUCUUCAUCCCCUAUGGGGCCAUGUAUAAUACAAUGAGAAGUGAUGGGAAGGCCAUUGCUGACUACCAGUCCUUUGCACUGAUGGCCCAGACCUGCUUACUGAUUGUGGUGUCUGUACAGAUUGGCUUGGACACCUCUUACUGGACAGUUGUGAACCAGUUCUUCAUCUGGGGCAGCCUUUCUGUUUAUUUUGCUAUCACCUUCACCAUGUACAGUGAUGGCAUGUACCUGAUCUUCACAGCCUCUUUUCCCUUCAUUGGUACAGCUCGAAACACUCUCAGCCAACCAAACGUGUGGCUAGCAAUCUUCCUCAGCAUCACCCUCUGUGUGCUGCCUGUAGUUGGCUUUCGAUUCCUGAAGGCUCAGUUAAAGCCAACUCCCAAUGAUAAAGUCCUGCUCAAGAUCAAAGAAGCCAAAAAGCGUCCACCUCCACCGUCACCCAAGAGACGCCUGCGUCGGACCAGCACCCGCCGCUCCGGCUACGCCUUCUCCCAUCAGCACGGCUUUGGAGCACUCAUUAUGUCUGGGAGAAAUAUGCGACCAAAAUCACCUUUUGCCACAACAGGAACAUUUUCACCAAAUAGUGACAAACAUAAACACAAAGGACUGUAAAAAAAAAAAAAAAAAAAAAAAAAAAAGACAAAAAAACAACAAAGCAAACCAAAGUAAAGGGCUGUCAGGAGAGGAGGCUGUGCGCCCUGCAAAGCACCAAGCCGGUGGCUGCCCAGAUAUCUGCCCUCUGGGCUACCAAAUCAAGGACUUGGGUCUUUCCUUCCACCCAUGUGCAUGCUCUGACUCCAGCUGCUUUUCCAAAGAGGUGUGCUGCUGCCAGGGAAGGUGGGCAGGGUGAAUUAGAGCUGGUGUAUGAUAUCCCAGAGGCCCUCCCUGGAACAAGAGAGAACAUGCUGCGGGAGGCAUCUCUGCUCCCUGAGAUUGUUCGUAACGCUAUUUUUUUUUCCUCCCUUUAACUACAUACCUCAGAGCAAAGAGAAGUCCAGGCUGAGGAAGAGGCUGAAUUGGUGAUGUCUUUCUCAUUCGCAUGCCUUUGUUUCUGUCAUGAAUCCACUCUGGGCCGUAUUACUGGGGUGACAGUAUUGACCCCAGGUGUGCCUUCGGUCCAGCCACACAACCCCCCAAUCCCCAAUCUUUGUAAUAUGUGUAAUUCUGUAGCCUUUUGACUGUACACAGGCACUUUGGAAGGAAAGAGUUGGAAAUAACCUCCUUCCAAACUAAUGGUUAAUCCAGUUUCUCAAGAGGUGGCCAGUGCCCAAACACCGCCUUCUUCCCACAUCUGCAGUCGGGAAGUGCUGCAAGCUCAGAGAAACCCUUAGCUGGUCAAGGGACAAGGACUUGACAUUCAUCAGCCUGCUCUGUUCUAUCUGCAUUGCAAAUCUGCUCUUGUAAAAGAUCAUUGUCCUCAGAGCCCUCUCAGGUUUUGUAGCUGGGCACCAGCCAUUUCAUUUAGACUUAAAAUAAAAGGGCAGAAGAAGCUUAGGCUCCCAUACGGAUCAAGCCGUAAAAUCUGGCCCUGAGAAGCCCAUGUCAUGGUUAGGGCUCAUCUGACCUGCCAGCACCAGGUGUCUCUCCCACCAUAACAGACUGAGGCACACGCAUAUCUGACUUGAUGGAGAUCACACUAGCAGUAUCAGAGGCAGAGAUGCUAUUUCACGACUAGUGCAGGGUGUCCUGCCCUUUACUCCACCGGUGCUGUUGCUCAGUGUAAGGGAUCAAGCAUGACCUGGUGGCUCCCUUACCCUCCCUGAGGAGUGGUGUGGUCAAGUUUCAGAGGAAUUUAGUGAGGGCUCAGGAGCUUCUGCAGAAUUUCUCUGUGCUGGCUAAUAUUUUAUUUGGGAAGAGUUCAUCUGUCAACCAUGAGUUGCAGAGAGCUGAAAAUCCUAUCAGUCUGACUGCCAGCAGAGGGACCUAAGAUGCACAGACGCAGCCGAAGACAUGGUGAUCCUGAGGGACUGGGCGAGCUCCAUAAUCAGCGGCGUUACUGGGUAGAAGGCCAGCAUGGCAGCAUCAGAGUCUGUCCUGCCAGCACUGCUGAGCUGUCUUAAUGGCGCUUUUUUGUGCAGCGGACUAAGCAGUGUUGGCUGUUUCAUUUUUUUCAGCUCCUUUAUACAAAUUUAGACUCCUUCCUUUUUUUGAAUUGGAUUUUUUUGCACAGUAACCAUCUGGUAUUUGUUGGGAGCUCUCUGACUUCAGUCUCUGAGCUAUCUGUGGAGGCAAUGUAUGAUGGCAACAGGGCAGCCAUGUCCCCAUUUCAUCCAGUCUGUGUAUACCACCUUGCUGCCUGUGUUCCCAGUUUCAGCAGUUACUGUGCAAGAUUGUUUAAGCUCUAAUAAAAGGUUUCAUCUCCCUGGGUUUAACUCGGCACAGAGAACUGUCUGUUGCACCUGCUGCUUUGGGAGGCUUGUUGCAAACUGUGCUAUUAAAUUUCAGAAUGGCCAGUGCAAAACUAGAGCUGGGACAGGAUCCAGACUUCAGCAGCCAGGAGAUGCUUGCGAGGGAAGGAGCAAAUUCUAAUCCGCUGAUCUCCCCUGCAAGGAGAUACCUAAGUAAAGUGAGAGCCUGCACACCGACUGAGGAAACCGCUGUGAUAUUUAGUGCUUGUCACAGGCCUCUGAUUUACCAUUCACUUUGCAGAGACAAUCAUGGCUUUUUGGUGAGGAUUAUGUCUUUCACAGCCUCUCUGGGGCUAGAGGGAAAAGAAUUUAUGCAGGUAAGCAGACAUCCCCACGCUACCCAGGCUGGUCUGUGGACCUACAGUCCUGUCAAAGCUGGUUCCUAGCAUGUAAUGCAGCAGGAUAUAAUGCAGAACAGCAGAGACGCAGACCUUUUGCUUACAGAGCAAGGCAACUCUGAGACUGUGUCACUCUUCUCAUAUGGUUUAUGUGCAAAGCACUCACCUUCUGGCUGAAGGGGAUUUGCAAAUGCUGCAUAGCAUGUGCAGGGGAUAAUAGAGCUGUUGGUGAACUUGCACCAGAUACAAAUAUUUCAGUGGUUUGACAAGAUCAGCAUUUGAAAUAUAUCAACUGGCAGUGAUGUCUGUCCUACAUCACUCCUGAUUUUGUAAUUAUUUUUUUUUUAAAUAAAAAGACAAUAUUGGGAUGACCAA